AUGACUUCCAAGGAGGACGGCAAGGCGGCGCCGGGGGAAGAGCGGCGGCGCAGCCCGCUGGAUCACCUGCCGCCGCCCGCCAACUCCAACAAGCCGCUGACUCCGUUCAGCAUCGAGGACAUCCUCAACAAGCCGUCUGUGCGGAGAAGUUACUCGCUGUGCGGGGCGGCGCACCUGCUGGCGGCGGCGGACAAGCACGCGCCGGGCGGCUUGCCCCUGGCGGGCCGCGCGCUGCUCUCGCAGACCUCGCCGCUGUGCGCGCUGGAGGAGCUCGCCAGCAAGACCUUUAAGGGGCUGGAGGUCAGCGUCCUGCAGGCAGCUGAAGGCCGCGACGGGAUGACCAUCUUUGGGCAGCGACAGACCCCUAAGAAGCGGCGAAAGUCUCGAACAGCCUUCACCAACCACCAGAUCUACGAGUUGGAGAAGCGUUUCCUCUACCAGAAGUACCUGUCCCCCGCCGAUCGCGACCAAAUCGCGCAGCAGCUGGGCCUCACCAACGCUCAGGUCAUCACCUGGUUCCAGAAUCGGCGCGCCAAGCUCAAGCGGGACCUGGAGGAGAUGAAGGCCGACGUGGAGUCCGCCAAGAAACUGGGCCCCAGCGGGCAGAUGGACAUCGUGGCGCUGGCCGAACUCGAGCAGAACUCGGAGGCCGCGGGCGGCGGUGGCGGCGGCUGCGGCAGGGCCAAGUCUAGGCCUGGCUCUCCGGCGCUCCCUCCAGGCGCCCCGCAGGCCCCGGGCGCCGGGCCCCUGCAGCUCUCGCCCGCCUCCCCGCUCACGGACCAGCCGGCCAGCAGCCAGGACUGCUCAGAGGACGAGGAAGACGAAGAGAUCGACGUGGACGAUUGAGCGGCGCCCGGGAUCUUCCACCGCGCCGGGCCCCUAGCGCCCGUCUGCCCGCCGCCUCCUGGACCGCCGAGGGGAGCUGGGACCUCCUCUGCAACUCCCGCCUUCUUCCCUGUCUCCGGCCCGGACUCAGC